AUGGAUCACGGCACGUCGGUCCUCGAUCCAGCGUUACGAGGCGCCGAGACGCCCACAAACGGCCGAAACGGCGGUGGUCCCACCGCAGGCCCCGCGACGACGCACGACGACGACGCUUCAGCUGCAGCUGCCGCUGCCGCCUCACCAACGGCUCCCGGGCGAAGCGGAGCCGAGGGAGGACAAGGACAGGGACAUCACCACGACACGGCGGCGGGCACCGAGAGCCCCGAGACACCUCACUCUGCGCACGCCGGGGAGACGCCGCAGCACGACGGGCUCCAUGGGGGCAACAACCCGGAAGACCCCAAACGGCCGAGGGCAUGCGAGGCCUGUCGCGGCCUGAAGGUGCGAUGCGAGCCGGACCCGAACGAUGCGGAGGGCCCGUGUAAGCGUUGCAAGAAGGCGGGGAGGAACUGCGUUGUGACGAUGCCGACGAGGAAGAGGCAGAAGAAGACGGACAGCAGGGUUGCCGAGUUGGAGAAGAAGAUCGAUGCUUUGACGGCGAGUUUGCAGGCCAGGGGCACGUCGGGGGCGGCUCCGAGCGCUGCGGCGAGCGUGCCGCAGCCCGUCCUCGGGAAACCGGUGCCCAGGGAGGAGACGCCUUUCAAGAGGGGGUGGGGUGAUCAUGGCAUGGCGAGGGCUUGGGGAGCGGCGACGCCGGGCGAUGAGGAUGCGGACCGGAGGGGUGUUGAUACCGGGCUGCUUGCUGGGCAAAAGAGGAAGUUCAGCGAGAGGGGAGACACGCCGGCCGAGAUUCCGGAGAUGAGCAGGCCUGCGCCGCCGAUGCAGAUGGGGGCAGAUUAUGCGGAUGUUGUGGAAAGGGGCAUCCUGAGCGCCGAGAAGGCCUCGGAGCUGUUUGAGAGGUACAAGACGUACAUGAUGCCACACAUGCCGGCAGUGGUGUUCCCGCCGUCGACCAGCGGGGACGAGCUGCGGCGGUCGAAGCCGCUGCUGUUCCUGGCCAUCAUGUCGGCGGCGUCGUCGGAGAGCCCGAACGUGCAGCGCCGGCUGGUGAAGGAGCUGAUGCAGAUAUUCGCGGAGAAGAUUAUCAUCACGGGCGAGAAGAGCCUGGAGAUCGUGCAGGCGCUGCAGGUCGCGGUGAUUUGGUACUGGCCGCCGGAGCACUUUGAGGAGCUCAAGUUCUACCAGCUCGUGCACAUCGGCGCGGUGAUGGCGCUCGACAUCGGCCUCGGGCGGCGGACGGGCGGCAGGAAGAUGCAGGUGCCCUACCAGUGGCGCAACCACCCGUUCAAGCGGGCGCCGCCGCCGGAUCCGACGAGUUUGGAGUGCCGGCGGGCGUGGCUGGCGAGCUACUUUCUGGCGGCGAACACGAGCAUGGCGCUGCACCGGCCGAACCUGGUGCGGUGGACGAGCUUCAUGGCGGAGAGCAUGGAGGUGCUGCAAACGAGCCCCGAGGCGGCUCCGACGGACCGGUAUUUCUGCCAUCUUGUGUGGACGCACCGGCUUGCGGAGGAGGUCGGGGUGCAGUUUGCCAUGGACGACCCGGCAGUUGUGCCGAAUAUCACGGACUCGAGGACGCAGUACUCGUUGAGGAUGCUAGAGAGGGAUUUGGAAAAGUAUAGCAAAAAUGUGCCCAAGGAGGAGACGGGGGCCACGUUGAAAAUGAGCUUUCACGUCUUGUCGUUGUACAUGCACGAGAUCGCCCUGCACACCCAGCUUGACGACAUCCGCCCGCCGUUCGACACCGCCACCCUCAAGGACGGCAUGCUCCCCAACCUGCAGCUCACGACGUCGCACAUCAACGCCCUCUCGGCGUGCCUCUCCGCCAUCGACGGCAUCUUCGAGGCGUUCCUGUCGAUGGAGGUGCCCAGCAUCCGCUGCCUGCCCGUCUUCAACUUCGUGCGCGUCGCAUACGCCGUCGUGGUGCUCAUCAAGAUGUACUUCUCCGCCACGGCGCCCGGCUCCGAGCUGGGCAAGGUGAUUGACAAGGACAACAUGAAGGUCGAGUUCUACCUCGACGCGCUGCUGGAGCGCUUCCGCGCCGCCGCGUCCGACGACAGGAGCCGCCCCGCGGCCAAGUUCCUGGUGGUGCUGGUCAUGCUGCGCAGCUGGUUCCUGAAGCAGAGCAAGGGCCUGGGAGUGGGUGGCCCCCAACCAACGCCGGAGCUUGGACGGGCCACGUCGUCUUCGACACCCGCACCGGAGAAGACGGCCGUGGCGCCUGCUGCUGCGGCGCCGGAGGAGAGGGCGCCGAGUUAUCAACCCCCGCCGACGAUCCAGUACGACCCCGCGGCCAACACGCCUUUGCACCUGUUAUCUGAGAUUGCCACGAACGACCGGUCCGCGUCUGCAGGGCGGACAGGCGGCAACAUGAUGUGGAACCCGGCGCCGACACCACGGCAGCAGGCCUUCAUGUACGACCCGAGCGUCGUCACGCCGGGCAUGGACGCCUCCGCGUCCUCGGGCCCCGACACGGCGAGCAGCGGGGCCAUGGAGGCGGCGACCACGACGGGCGCGGGCAACAACUGGAUGCCGCCCGUGUGGUCGGGCGACCUGCAGGACAUGGGCAUCGACGUGGGGCUCACGGAGGGGCUGAGCGUCGAGGAGUUCACGUCGGGCUUCGGGGCGAGCCCGGGCAGCCUGAGCAGCGGGAUGAGGACCCGUGGCUGA